AUGAUACUUUUUGAACGAAUCGGUUUAACACGAUAUGAUAUUAUAACAAAUUGUAUAGAAUGUUUACCUAUACAUUGGGAUAUUAAUUCAUUACAAGAUCAUAUGUUCAAUGAAUUAGUUCUAUUAACAUCUGGUAAUAUUCAUUUAAAUGCAUUAUGUCGAUAUGAAUUAACUCAUACUAAUCUAUCAAAAUAUAUAACUAAUGAUAAUACUAAUGCUAAUACUAAUACUACUGCUACUACUACUACUACUACUACUACUAAUAAUAAUAAUAAUAAUAAUAUAACAUCCACUGGUUUAAGACCACAUUGUUGCCAUGCUUCUGUAAUUAGUGGACAUGGUAUUUUAAGUUAUUUAGCAUGUUUACCACAAGAUAUAACUGAGCAUCAAUCUAUUAAUUUAACAAUGUUAAAAUCAUUACAAAGACGAUUCAAUUAUGAUUAUUCAACGAAUAUACAAUUAAGAAAAAAUACUAAUAAACAUUGUAAUAAUCUUUUACCAUCACCACGUGAUAAAUUUUGUAUGGAAUAUUAUGAUGGUAAACUUUAUCUAUUUGGUGGUUAUGGUCCACAAUUUAAACCAUUAUCUCUAUGGCCAAAUCAAUAUUAUCAAUGGCCAUAUUUAUAUGAUCCAAAUGAUAAUCAAAGUUGGAUUAUAUGUGAUAAUAAUGGUGGAUGGAAUAAUCAAUUAAUUAUUUAUGAUAUUCAUCAAAAUCAAUGGAAUUUAAUUCAUCAAUUAAAUGUCAUCGAGAAAUUUCCAACACCACGUGCAGCUCAUUGUUCUAUUAUAUUACCUAAACAUGGUUGGUUCAUUAUAUUUGGUGGUCGUGGUCCAUAUAAUAAUCAUAAUCAUAUAAAUACAUCACAACACUUAUCAGAUUAUCGUAUGAGUAGAUUAAAUGAUAUGUAUUGUUUUAAUAUUAAUUUAAUGGAAUGGACUAAAAUUUCAACACCAUUAGAUAUACCAAAUAUAAUAAGUAAUCAUUAUAUUAAACAACCAACAAUAUCAUGUUUAUGGCCAUGUGGUCGAUCUUGGAUGAAUAUGAUUACUGUCAAUGAAUCAUUAUCUAUACAGAACGAUUCUUCUUCGUCUUAUUGUUGUUGUUCUUUUACUUCCAAAUAUAAACCAAUGAAUGAAAUGAAUAUUCAAUUAUUUCUACAUGGUGAUUAUUCUAAUGAUGAAAAAUCAUUAAAUGAUGCUUAUUUAAUAAAUAUUCAUUUAUGUAAACAAUAUAAGCAAUUAAAAGCUGAAAUUAUUCAUUCUACAAAAGAGGUCAAUAUUAUAUCUAAUAAUAAUAACGAUAAUGACAAUACUUAUUAUUUAAUGAAUUUAAAUAAACAACAUAAUUAUUAUACUGAAUCAUUGAAUCCAAUGAAUAAUGAUACUGAUUCAAAUAAACCGACACUUAUAAAUGGUUAUAAAUGUUCACAACAACAAUCAAUGGAUGAUAAGAAAUAUAUUAAUUUAAAUGUGAAUUCAUUUGGAGAAAUUUUAUUCAAUGAACAAUUGUAUAUAGAUUUAAUUCAAUUGUAUUAUUCAGUGGAUUCAAAUUUGAUGACUGAAUUAUUUUUAAGCUAA